UACAACUAUUAAUCUAUCUUUCUAAUGCCCAAUUUCUUCACCUCCGGUUAACUUUAUCUGCCAGUUAUUCUAUUGACCAAUCAUAUUUAUGGUUGGCAAGAUUAACCAAUCACGGUUGACAUUUAUCCGACAAAUAGUUAAUCGGAGGUGAAGAAAUUGGACGUUAAUGUUCUACACUUAGGCUGCGUUCGGAAACGUCACUCGAGUACUCUUUCUCUCUUUUUAUCUCACUCUUGUAUCUUGCUCACUCUAAUGUGACAGGUACACUUGGGUGAUAUUUCCGAACGCAGCCUUAGUGAGUAACAAAGAUAGGAUGAUAUUUGUGUCAACUUGUUUCUUGUUCGAAAGCAACCUAUAUAUAUAUAUGAUCGGACCGACCGUUGCCAGCGCCACACGGACAUUACGUAGCCACCUGAACUAACGAUGUACAGUGGGUUGGUUUCGGCUAAUUUCGAUCGGACUCGGUGUCGCUCGGCUCGCACCUGCUAGGCCCCCCCGCGGAUCAUCUGGCAAGCAGUGAACAGUUUUAAAUUACGCGAGUUUGAGCGCGGGAGCGGGCGUGUGAACUCGUCGAUCCUCUUGUUUCUCCUCUGCGGCGUUGCGAUGUCUUCCGGUUGGUGCGUGCUCGCAUUCCUCUUCUGUCUGUUGGCACGCGGAUUCGCGCUCGAAAAUGUCACCGACGUUCUAGAGCAAACGCAUGCGGAGAACGCGUUAGCGAAGCUGGUAAAAAUGUUCUCCAAACCGGGCGCGUUUAAACGAAUUGAUGCGAUUCUCGGCGAGAAUUCCAUUGAGACAUCCUUCAUGAGCUGUCCCAUGGGCGACGAGGGUUUGGAGUGCCGAAGGGCGGAGGCUCGCCGAUCAGUCGACUGUCCACGAGGCGACUGCUUCUGCAACAACUGCGCUGUCGUUGGGCCGGACUUGUGGGCUUCCUGCUGCCGUGAAAGCCUGAGAUGCUGCUCUCAUCUCGCAGCGGCCUGUCGAACGUGCGAUCAUCCGACGCUGUAUCCCUUCUGCGCCAAGCACUUCAAGAAAUGCCUAACGGAGUACAACGAGAAGAAGCAGAAUUAGCGGGCCAGGUCGAGGCCACGACUGUGAUAAUCGGUUUACUAAGGGCCGAUUUCUCCAAUUUCUUAGUAAACUAAUAGCUAAAUCAUAUCCUUUUGUCUAAUUUAAAGGAAAAACAAAGACAGACAUAUGAUUUAACUAUUAGUUAACUUACCAAGAGGUUGAACAAAUCAGCUCUAAUGAUAGUCACCAUGAUCGAUGAUCUUGUUAUUACGAAAGCACCAAGGCUUAUAUUAUUGUUACUUGUUCACGGCGCGAUAAUCCGCAGUGCGAAUUUAGAAAGAUGAGAGUAUUUUCUUCGAUUGCACGCACAAAAAGUAAAGUUGUCUUUAUUAUUUAAUUAAAUUAUUAAUAAUUAUUAAUGUUGGUAUAUUAUUUCUCUUUUGUAAUAGAAAAUGAUUAAUUUUCAUUUUUUUCUAUUUCUAAAAAUCGUCCAUUUAAAUCUCGCAUACUUGAGUAUGUAUGUUGUCUCGUAACGUUUUAAAUCUGAAUUUUCGUUUAAUCUAUUCGAACGGAACCUUGACUCUAAAUAGGCUACUUUUAUCUUUUUAGAUUAGUCAAAUGUCGCACUGUGUGAUCAUGUUCUGUCGUCAGAAUGUAAUCGCAAAUACUCUAAGCAAAUGCAAUCAUCAACGUUUUUUAUACAAGUAAAUCUGU